UCAGUCGCGUUUCAAGCGCCACCACGUGGAUUGUUUCUCCUUGUAUGUGUGUGUGUUGCGUGUUUUUUGUUUACACAGAUUUUUAUUUUUGAAAAGAUUUUUUUUAAUGGAAAAUCCAAAAAUAAUUCUUCUCUUCAGUGGUAAAAGGAAGAGUGGAAAGGAUUUUCUCACUGAACACCUCUUGAGCAUAUUAGAUCGCGAUAAAUGCGAAAUUGCACGUAUUUCAGAACCAAUAAAGUCAUUCUGGGCAAAAGAACACGCGCUGGAUCUUCAGGAAUUGCUGAGUGAUGGUACCUACAAGGAGAAUCACCGUAAAAAGAUGAUUGAAUGGAGUGAGAAAGAGCGUGCAAAGGAUUAUGGGAUCUUUUGCAGGAAAGCAAUGGAAAAUGUGACGAUGCCAAUUUGCAUUGUGAGUGAUAUCCGGAGGAAGACAGACCUCCGGUGGUUCACCGAAAACUACCCCCCGCAGAAGAUCCGAAAGAUUCGUGUGAAAUGUUCAGACAACACAAGAUCCGCUCGUGGAUGGGUGUUCCAAGCAGGUGUGGAUGAUGCUGAGUCUGAGUGCGACUUGGACGACAUCACAGACUGGGAUUUUGUGAUUGACAACGACCAAGAGGGAGUACCAGCUGAGGAAUUGCUUAAACCCCUCCUAGAUUUAGUAAAAAAUCUCUAAAAAAUGAAUCUCAGGUAUUUUGGUUUUUUUUCUUUUAUAAUUUUAUUAUUUUAUCUACGGUGAAUAUAUUUUGGUAUUAUCUAUAGAAGCAAUAA